CCCCCCUCCGGUCUUCCUUGCGGUCCACCGGUCCGCGCGCCCAGAUCCGCCGCCGAGCCGGGAUCGGAGGCAACAGUGCGGCCAAGGGGGGCGCGGCCGGGGACCAGCUGGGGGCAGGGUGCCCGGGCCGGGGGGGCGGUGACCCGGCGGCAGCGCUGGCGGGAGGACAGACCCGCGAGCCUCUGAGAGGAAUAUAAGAGUGCAGACCCCGAGGGGACGCGAGACUGACGGGGGCUGGGGGCCAGAAACUUAUCGGCGCUGCCGGACUCAACGACGCGGCCCGCGGUGGCGCGGGCAGCAGGUGAACAGGUCCUCACCCCCAGCCCCGCACCCUCACGCGCUCUCGCCCCGGCCCUCCCGCUCCCGCUCGCAGCCAUGGACCCCGGCCCCCGCCGCGCCUCCUGCGUCCGGCGCCCAAUGCUCUGCGCGCUCGCCUUGAUGGUGGCCGCCGGGGGCCGUGUCGCCUCCGCCUUCAACCUGGACACCCGAUUCCUGGUGGUGAAGGAGGCCAAGAACCCGGGCAGCCUCUUCGGCUACUCGGUCGCCCUCCAUCGGCAGACGGAGCGGCAGCAGCGCUACCUGCUCCUGGCUGGUGCUCCCCGGGACCUCGCCAUGCCUGAUGGCUAUACCAACCGGACCGGUGCUGUGUACCUGUGCCCACUCACUGCCCACAAGGAUGACUGUAUGCGGAUGGACAUCUCCGAGAAAAGUGACCCUAACCAUCACAUUAUUGAGGACAUGUGGCUCGGGGUGACUGUGGCCAGCCAGGGCCCUGCGGGCAGAGUCCUGGUCUGCGCCCACCGCUACACCCAGGUGCUGUGGUCAGGGUCGGAGGACCAGCGACGCAUGGUGGGCAAGUGCUACGUGCGGGGCAAUGACCUCCAGCUGGACCACACUGAUGACUGGCAGACCUACCACAAUGAGAUGUGCAACAGCAACACGGACUACCUGGAGACCGGUAUGUGCCAGCUGGGCACCAGCGGUGGCUUCACCCAGAACACCGUGUACUUCGGCGCGCCGGGUGCCUAUAACUGGAAAGGAAACAGCUACAUGAUUCAGCGGAAGGACUGGGAUUUAUCCGAAUAUAGUUAUAAGACCCAGGAGGACCAAGGAAACCUCUAUAUUGGGUAUACCGUGCAGGUGGGCAGCGCCGUCCUGCACCCCAAGGACAUCACGAUUGUGACAGGAGCCCCGCGGCACCGACAUAUGGGCGCUGUCUUCUUGCUGAGCCAGGAGGCAGGCGGGGACCUUCGGAGGAGGCAGGUGCUGGAGGGCACGCAGGUGGGCGCCUACUUUGGCAGCGCCAUUGCCCUGGCAGACCUGAACAAUGAUGGGUGGCAGGACCUCCUGGUGGGCGCCCCCUACUACUUCGAGCGGAAAGAAGAAGUAGGGGGUGCCGUCUAUGUCUUCAUGAACCAGGCAGGCACCUCCUUCCCUGCCCACCCCUCCCUCCUUCUUCACGGCCCCAGUCGCUCUGCCUUUGGCUUCUCCGUGGCCAGCAUUGGUGACAUCAACCAGGACGGAUUCCAGGACGUUGCUGUGGGAGCCCCAUUCGAGGGCUUGGGAAAGGUGUACAUCUACCACAGCAGCUCCAGCGGGCUCCUCAGACGGCCGCAGCAGGUGAUCGACGGGGAAGAGCUGGGACUGCCUGGCUUGGCCACCUUUGGCUACUCACUGAGUGGCCGGAUGGACGUGGAUGAGAACUUCUACCCAGACCUGCUAGUGGGGAGCCUGUCAGACCGCAUUGUGCUGCUGCGGGCACGGCCUGUCAUCAACAUCCUCCACAAGACCUUGGUGGCCAGGCCAUCCGUGCUAGACCCUGCGUUCUGCACAGCCACCUCCUGCAUGCAGGUGGAGCUGUGCUUUGCCUACAACCAGAGUGCCGGGAACCCCAACUACAGGCGAAACAUCACCCUGGCCUACACCCUGGAGGCCGACCGGGACCGCCGACCGCCCAGGCUUCGCUUCGCCCGCAGUCAGUCUGCCGUCUUCCAUGGCUUCUUCUCCAUGCCAGACACGCACUGUCAGAAGCUAGAACUGCUCCUGAUGGACAACGUCCGCGACAAACUCCGCCCCAUCAUCAUUUCCAUGAACUACUCAUUACCUUUGCGGAUGCCUGAGCGCCCCCGGCUGGGGCUGCGGUCCCUGGACGCGUACCCGGUCCUAAACCAGGCACAGACCCUGGAGAACCACACCGAGGUUCAGUUCCAGAAGGAGUGCGGCCAGGACAACAAAUGCGACAGCAACUUGGACAUGAAGGCGGCCUUCGUAUCGGAGCUGGGGCAACCUCUGAGCAGGCUGCACUACAGCAAAGACGUCCGGAAGCUACACUUGAGCAUCAAUGUGACCAAUAUCCGGAGCAGGGAGCGGACUGGGGAAGACGCCCACGAGGCGCUGCUCACCUUGGCCGUGCCUCCCGCCCUGCUGCUGUCCUCAGUGCGCCCCGCUGGGACGUGCCAGGCCAAUGAGACCAUCAUCUGUGAGCUGGGGAACCCCUUCAAACGGAACCAGAGGAUGGAGCUGCUGAUCACCUUCGAGGUCAUUGGAGUGACUCUGCACACGAGGGAACUCCAGACACAGCUACAGCUCUCCACGUCAAGUCACCAGGACAACCUGCAGCCCAUGACCCUGACCCUGCUGGUGGACUACACGCUCCAGGCCUCACUCAGCAUGGUGAGUCACCGCCUACAAAGCUUUUUUGGGGGAACAGUGAUGGGCGAGUCUGGCAUGAAAACUGUGGAGGACGUGGGAAGCCCCCUCAAGUAUGAAUUCCAGGUGGGCCCAGUGGGGGAAGGGCUGGCUGCCCUGGGGACCCUGGUCCUAGGGCUGGAGUGGCCCUAUGAAGUCAUCAAUGGCAAGUGGCUGCUAUACCCUACAGAGAUCACCAUCCACGGCAAUGGGUCCUGGCCCUGCCAGCCACCUGGAGGCCUUGUCAACCCUCUGAAUCUCACUCUGUCGGGCCCUGGGGACAGGCCGCCAUCUCCACAGCGCAGGCGGCGACAGCUGGACCCAGGGGGAGGCCAGGGUCCCCCGCCAGUCACUCUGGCUGCUGCCAAAAAGGCCAAGUCUGAGGCCCAACUGACGUGUGACAGUGACCGCACCCGCUGCGUGUGGCUGGAGUGCCCCAUUCCUGAUAGCCCUGUCAUCACCAAUGUGACAGUGCGGGCACGAGUGUGGAACAGCACCUUCAUCGAGGAUUACAGAGACUUUGACAGAGUCAUGGUAAGCGGCUAUGCUACCCUGUUCCUCCGAACCAGCAUCCCCGCCAUCAGCAUGGAGAACAAGACCGUGUGGUUCUCAGUGGACAUCGACUCGGAGCUGGAGGAGGAGCUGCCAGCGGAGAUCGAGCUGUGGCUGGUGCUUGUGGCCGUGAGUGCCGGGCUGCUGCUUCUGGGGCUGAUCAUCCUCUUGCUCUGGAAGUGUGACUUCUUUAAGCGGACCCGCUAUUACCGGAUCAUGCCCAAGUACCAUGCAGUGCGGAUCCGGGAGGAGGAGCGCUACCCGCCUCCAGGGAACACCGCGCCUACCAAGAAGCACUGGGUCACCAGCUGGCAGAGUCGGGACCGAUACUACUGACGUCCUCCCUGCUCCCCCCUCCCUGCUCCCCCGGUGCCCCCUUUUAUUUAUCAUAAAUUAUGCCCCUGACAGUCCACAGGGGCCACUGCCUUUGGCUGGCACCCACAGGCUCAGGCACACACACCUCUUCGAGCACGUGUCUGUGCCAUCCGGCUACAGGCUCCCCGCAGGAGGAAGCCCACCACAGCCCCCGGGCCCUGGACACACAUGGGCCCCACUGCUUGGGGACUGUGUUCAUGCACCAUGGACGAUGCGUGGAUGCACUCGGCCCUGCCUCCGCCUGUGCCAAAACCAAGCCCAAGGGCCUCCACCGGAGCCAGGAGGAAAAUGCCCCCGCUGUGGCGACGCCUCCCCCCAUUCACACUGGACCCAUCUUGAGCCACAGUCACUGGACUGACUCUGCUAUUAAGUCUGAAACUACUGACUGGGAACCGUGCGCCAGGCCCCCAGCCGCUGCUCCCGGCUCCCAUGCCAGAGGGUGUGGGGUGGCCUGUCUCAGGUUGUCCAUGGUGCCGUUUACAGGGCUUGGCAUGCUCAGACCCAAGAGCAGAGGGAGCUAGAAGGAAGGCCCCUGAGCUGGCUUUCCUUCCCAGACCUCUGUGAUGCCUCUCUCCUCGGCCGCAGCCCAUACUGGCCAGGGAAGCAGUCGGAAGAUGGACAGUCCUCUAGACGGCUCGGCACGCUGCCAUGGGAACUCAGUGGAACGCUCAGCAGAGGAGGGGACCGGUCCUGGGCCAAGGAGAUGUUGGAAGUAUAGAGAUACCACUUCUUACUCACUACUACCAUCCAGGCCUCUGAAGGCCUGGAGAGACCCCCCCCACACACACACACCCAAGGUCACAGAGGGAGCGACACUUGAAUGUAGAACAGGGAGGGAGCCCUGGGCUGGAGAUUAUUCUGCCCCCCACCCGCCCCCUCCCCCCCAGGGGUAGGGGACCUAGAAGUGGAGUUCUUGGCUGUCCUUGGCUUUCUCAGAGCCAACCUAGCUCUGCCUCCUCCCACAUGGGCUAAGUCCGGAGGCCCAGGCUAGAAGGUGAGGCUGGACCCAGGGAACCUCUCCUGAACCCUGCCCCUUGGCAGUCCCCUUUUCCAGUCUCCACCCCCUUCCACGGUACUGUAGCGGGGGGGCUCCCUCCCUCUCCUUGUGCCUUCUUUGUAUAUAGGCUUCUCACAGCAACCAGUAAACAGCUCCCAGUUUUUA